AUGCUUGCUUGGAAACUCUUUGGGGGUCGUACCCAACUAAAAAACACCCUGAUCCAACCCACCAGAAGAUGGUUUCAAUCGUUGAACAAUAGCAUUAAACAAGAUCUUAAACCAAACACCAAAAACACCCAGAAAUUCACUAAAGAAGAGUUGCUCGAGUACAUGCACGCAAAGAGAAGAGAAAAUUCGUCUCACAGAACCAGGUCGACAAUCAAUUAUGCUCUUAGUUUAGGUAUUGGAUUCAUCACGUUGGCGUACGCUGCGGUUCCGUUAUACAGAGCGCUUUGUUCAAGAACUGGUUAUGGGGGUACUCCAAUCACCGAUCAAAGAAAAUUCACCAAUGAUAAGUUGAUCCCGGUAGACACCGAUAAAAGAAUCCGUAUUGCCUUCACUGCAGAAACUUCUGCGAUCUUGCCUUGGAAGUUCACCCCGCAACAGCGAGAAGUAUACCUUGUACCAGGGGAGACUGCUUUGGCGUUCUACAAGGCCCGUAACAAUUCAAACAAGGACAUUGUUGGGAUGGCUACUUAUUCUGUCACCCCAGGGGAGGCAGCUCCGUACUUCAACAAGAUUCAAUGUUUCUGUUUCGAAGAGCAAAAGUUGUUGGCAGGAGAAGAGGUCGACAUGCCUGUUUUCUUCUUCAUCGAUCCAGACUUUGCCAAAGAUCCUGCUAUGAGAAACAUUGAUGAUAUUGUGUUGCAUUACACUUUCUUCAAAGCGCAUUAUGACAGAAACAACGAGUCUUUGGCGGUGGAGAACGUUGUUGAUCCUAACGCGAAAGCGCUCAGUCUAUGA